CAGAUCUCGACUUUCAUUAUUGUCCUUAAAAAGUAAUUCAUUCAGUUCUCAUAGUAAUGAAUCUGGGAUAACUACUGUAGAUGCCCAAGCAGAGAUAGUUAAAAAAUACAUGCAGGCCAAAUUUCGAAAGGUAUCUGAAGCUGGAAAAUCCAAAUUUCUGGCUAGUCAAGAGCAGCUGAAUAUUGCUAAAGAUGCUCAGAAAGACAGGGUCAUUUCUAAGGCCAAUAGAAGAAAGCAAGAAAAGCAAAUAUCAAAAAAUAGUAUCACCUCUCUGAAAGCUAGUGAGUCAAAAAGUACCACCUCUCAUAGUAAUAAACAACUUAGUAGACAUCCCCAGAUCAUCCGGGUCAAAAGUCAUGAAGCUAUUAAAGGUUUACAGAUGGUGGAUAGUAGAGAUGGGAACUGUUUUGCAAGAAAGUAUGAUCAUAGUUCGUAUUCGUCAUCCAGUUCAGACAAUUCGGCAGGAGAAAAAUUCACAGAGGGUGUUAGUUUAGUUCCAAGACUAAAUAGCGUGCUAGAUGGCAGCCAUCAUAUGGAGAAAGGAUCAAAAUGUAAUGAUCGCAAUAGCGUACAGUAUUUUAAGGAUGAAGAUACUUCUGUAAGUGCGGCAUGUUCCAAAGAGCUAGCUAAACCUAAAUAUUUUAAGAAAAAGAAAGAAGGCAAAAUACUUGUCGUUAAGCAAAAAGAAAGUGUAAAAGCCGUUGAUGAAUCUGAAGAGGAAGAAUCUGAAAAAGAGGAAACUGAACGAGAGAAGGGACACAGUAAGGAACAAAGUGAUGAUGAGAGUGAAGACGAAGAAAUGGAAAAUGAAGGAGAGGAAGACGAUUGUAGAGAUAGGGACAAUGCAGAAGUAGAGGGGGAAACGGAAUGUGAAGGAGAAGAGAAUGAGGAAAGCGAGGAGGGGGGAGUGGAAGAAGAAGAGGAGGAAGAUGAUGAAGAGAAUGUGGAAGAAGGGGAGGAAGAUGGAGAUGAAGAAAAGGAUGACAAAGUAGUGGAGGAAGACGACGGAGAAAAGGAGGGAAAAGAGGAGGGAGAAGAAGAGGGGGAGGAGGAUGAAGAAGAGGGGGAGGAGGAUGAAGAAGAGGGGGAGGAGGAUGAAGAAGAGGGGGAGGAGGAUGAAGAAGAGGGGGAGGAGGAUGAAGAAGAAGGGGAGGAGGAGGAGGAUGAAGAAGAAGGGGAGGAGGAGGAGGAUGAAGAAGAACGGGAGGAGGAGGAGGAGGAUGAAGAAGAAGGGGAGGAGGAUGAAGAAGAAGGGGAGGAGGAUGAAGAAGAAGGGGAGGAGGAGGAGGAUGAAGAAGGGGAGGAGGAGGAGGAGGAGGAUGAAGAAGGAGAGGAGGAAGAUGAAGAAGAAGGGGAGGAGGAGGAUGAAGAAGAAGAAGGGGAGGAGGAGGAGGAUGAAGAAGAAGAAGGGGAGGAGGAGGAUGAAGAAGAAGAAGGGGAGGAGGAGGAUGAAGAAGAAGAAGGGGAGGAGGAGGAUGAAGAAGGGGAGGAGGAGGAGGAUGAAGAAGGGGAGGAGGAGGAGGAUGAAGAAGGGGAGGAGGAGGAGGAUGAAGAAGGGGAGGAGGAGGAGGAUGAAGAAGGGGAGGAGGAGGAGGAUGAAGAAGGGGAGGAGGAGGAUGAAGAAGGGGAGGAGGAGGAUGAAGAAGGGGAUGAGGAGGAGGAUGAAGAAGGGGAGGAGGAGGAGGAGGGUGAAGAAGAAGGGGAGGAGGAGGAGGAGGAAGAAGAAGGUAAGGAGGAGGAAGAAGAGGGAGAAGAUGGAAAGGGGCAAGAGGAUGAGGAAGAUGACAAAGAAGCAAAAGAAGAAAAAACUGGGAAGAAUAAAAAAAAGGAACAGAAAUAUGUGGGAAGUAAAUUUACAUCAAAGAAAACUGAAAAGCAGAAAAAGAAUGUUAAAAACCUUAAGAAGCGUGAGCUUAAAGAAUCAGAAUCUACAAAAUUAGAAAAUGUGGAAAAAUCUCUGGACCAAUCCGUGAUGUUUUGGAACGAUAUUUUACCACAAUACCUAACACUAAAAUAAUAUGUGGAUAUUUGCUUUUAAAGUUUUUAAAUGCCCAUGUAUGAAGCUACUUUAAAACCUUUACCUUUCGUGGAUAUGUAUGCAUUUCUUUUUAAAAUGUGUCUUAAGUGACUCCUGAUAGGUGCUGCAUUAUCAAUUAUUAUCAGACAGAUAUAAAAAAAAGUAUACAGAAUGGAUUUGGUAGCAUAGAGACUGUGCAGAAAGAAAAUGUUAACACAAACUAGGUAGGGCAGGACCAGAUGUGGUGGCAGAGCAGGUGGUCCAGAUGCAGCCACAUGGCCAUGCAAACCACAGCUGUUUUCUGUAAGAUUGUUACACAUUUUACAUUGCUUUUUUACUGUUAAUGGCCAUUCUUUGAGUGUAAACCUCACAAACCAUGUGAUUAUUAAUAAUAAGCCAGUGAUUAACGAUCUAACAGAAAACCGCUGCAACUUGAGAGUUUGAGGCCAUGUUUCGACCACUGCUGGGCACCACGCCUGGUUUUGAAAUGAUUGGCUAUCUUACCCAUGUUACUACUUCUGGUCUCUGUGAGAAUGCACAUUAUAUUGUAUUUUUCUGCUGAAUGAUUUUGAAUUAAAGGAGUUCUACAUUUAUGACCUAUGCUGAGAAUAGGCCAUCAAUAUCUGAUAGGUGGGGGUGCCGGGUGUUGGACCCACAUCGAUCAGAUAUUGAUGACCUAUCCGGAGUAUAGGUCGUCAAUAUAAAACCCUUACACAACCCUUUUAAGGUAAUUUCACUCCAGACCCCCUUCU